CUACAGGAAUACAUGGGCAACUGAAAUACCACGCCAGCCCCAAAGGAUGCUUCUGCCUCUACUCCUCUUCACGUCUCUCUGGCACCCUUUUCACCCCCUCCUCCUCGUCUUCCUGCUAUUGCAUAUACAAGCAUCAGUGAUAUACACACACAGCCUACAUCCAGGCACUAGCAAUGCAAUAACAUUGUCACAAAGUGUAUUCAUAGUCCAGACAGCCGUAGAUUGUGUAGGUAGGCCACAGAGAGCAAACCCAUGUGUGCAGUGUGCGGCUACUACUGUGUCAGACCCUGUAAAACACGUUAGGAACCAGGGGUCGUUUAAAAGUGACUGAUUUACGGCUUUUAUUGCUCUAUAAAACGCCUCUAACAUCCUCGCGAGCGGUAAUAGAAAUGUCGUGCGCAUUCUGUGCAAACAGGACAGCCAGAGAUGCCAUUUCACGUCUCCUUUUUAACCAUAUUAUGUAAUUAUUGCUGUGGAAAUAGACACAUGCGAUCACUCGCAAUCUGGAGCUUUUGACCUCCAUAGAUUGACUCUGCUUCUUCUGCUCAGGCUUAAUGUGUCUUCAAGUGAGCUUAUGGCUUGUAUUAUUAUUAUUAUCAUUAUUAUUAUUAUAGUAUUUUUCCUACUAGUAAUUUUGGCUGUUGAUGACUCCACAACUAUCCGAAUAAUAAGGGAAGAAGAGGUGAAAAAAUAUCUAGAGGUUGCUGAGCUAUUAGGGAGUUAACUUCUCUCCCUCUUUGUCCACAGCUGACUCUGAGAUAAGAAUGGGAAGCAUACAGCACAUGACAAGUUUACACAGCCAGCCGGGAUCAGUUUACAAUAUAGCAGCAGACCUCCAGUAAUGUGGCUGAUGGUCAGCGCUGCAGCCAGGAAUAGCUUGUAACAUUUGGAGGCAGCAUGACUGAAAUAAUACUGUCAUUUUAUUACUAUUUUAACUCUGGAUGUAUAUUUAAAAGAGUUCAGAGCAAACAGUGUACAGGGUGUUGUGCAUGUCUUUGUUUACACAUCAGUUGCAUUUAUUUCUGUAGUACAUAUAGGUACAACGGCAUUCUUUAAAUUCUUCCUCUCAGCAUUUUUUGUCAUAAAACAUGGGUUGUAGCUCAUCCACAUUUUUAUCUGAGGCCCUAACAAAGGUCACAACAGCCUUACAAGAAAAAGAGGACUUUUUUAAUGUUGUUAAAACAAUAAGCCACAAGGAGAAGGAAGAAUAAAGCCAGGAGCAGUAUUUCUGUCAGACAAAGCUUUAGCAGUAUUAAAGAAUUUGACCACUGCUGUGAUUCCAGUUGUAUUUGGUGUUGCAGGGCUGCUCUGCAUGUGGGAGGGCUCUUUAGUUUGAUGUGAGGGAGCACAGCCACUCCAAAGUGCUCUUACUCUCCGGUCUGCAACCACCAGAUUUAACAUCUCUGUGACACAAUGUGACUCCCGUGCAGUUAAAGCCAGCAGGUCAUAAUGUUCUGAGACCCUCUGGCCUGUGAUAGCAUAAUGAUACUGGUGCUCUGUAGCUCCACUGUGGUUGUGCUCCCCUGCUGACUGGUCUGUGACAUCACGAUGACGCUGCUGUGUGCACAGUGGUGCAGGCUGGUGUGUGGUUUCACAGAUAGGAUUGAGCUGUGUUGUGUGGUUUGUGAUGACAUUAUUGUCGUGUUUCACAGGUGGUCUGUGGUCAAUGACAUGUCUCUACUCUAGUACACAGUGACAUUUGAACAUAUCAAAGGCGUUUGCUGAAUAAUUGUAACUUUCAGAGUUAGACAUUGUUAUUAAAAGUUAAAGGCAGGUGUUACAGUUUGGCUGUUCUACUUUAUUUACUGUUUUACACAGGGCCGCCAUGACUUUUCUUGAGCAGCGCAGGUUUUGUUUCAACAGUGGGGAGGGACACAAAUGCAACAGGAAGUUUCAGUAGUCCUCCACCAGAAAAUUUUGAGCAUCUUCUGCGCAGCGAACACUUAAUAUCCUGCAUUUUAAUCAAUUCUUGUGCACCGAUUUGUGCCUUUUCUGCACCAAUUAAUGGCGUAAAUGUCUUCAGUUCUGUCGAAGACCUGUGCUACUUUAAAGUUUGUAUUAGUGGGGGAAAAAAUGCACAUGUUCUAAAUAUUAAGGGAGAUAUGUCCCCUGAAUCCCCCCCAAAAUCUACGCCCAUGUUAUACAGAAAUUUUUGUGCAUCUUUUGAGCACCAGACACAUAAUAUCCUGUAUUCUGGUGAAUUUUUGUGCACCAAUUUGUACCUUUUCUGCAUCAAUUAAUGGUGUAAAUGUUUUAAGUUUUGUCAAAGACCUCUGCUACUUUAAAGUUUUUGUUGUAUUAAAGGGGGGAGGUGUCGGAAUCCCCCCCAAAAUCUACACCCAUGUUACACAGACAAUUCUGAGCAUCUUUUGAGCACUUAACACUUAAUAUCUUGCAAAUAUGUGUGCCUUUUCUGCAUCAAUUUAUGUAAAUAUCUUUGAUUUAGUCAAAAUAAAAGACCUCUGCUACUUUCAUGUUUUGAGGGGGUGACAAAUGCACAUUUUUAAAAAACUAUUUAAGGGGUCGUGCCCCCUGCAUCCCCCCUGAAAUCUACACCUAUGCUUUUCUUUAUUCUUAUCAUUUUACUUGUUUUACUAUAGAGUAACCUGCACCUGCCAGCUGUGACAUACAAAGCAGCUUCUAUGCCUGACAGCUCCAAUCAGGACCAUUUUUAAUGUUAUCCUUUUAUGACUUUUCAAUUAAAACUCUGAGCCUGAGCCUUUUUAAUGAAUAGCCCGGGAGAAAAAGUACAUCAUCUGAAAACAGACAAAUUUCUCAUGAUUGAAUGAAGGCUUUUGUUUAAGCAGCCUGACUCCUCCUGUCCACCUUUCUCACACAUUAUAAAUUAUCAGGCCUACUUUAAAAAAAUCAACCACACCUCCACGCAGACUCCAGUCCUCUCUGACAUUUAUAGAGUCACAACAAACCUAUUAGAUAUUAGUGCUUUCAGCGAAUAUCAUCUCUACAAAACUGAUGCAGCUCUAAUUCUUAAGUGUAUUAAUGGAGCGUAAUCUGUUUCACAGCUGAAGUGCAGUUGGUGAAGACUGUGCCUUCAUUAAUUAGCAGAUAACCUUUAUAUAAAGGCGUGCAGACUAACAAAAUGAUUGGUUUGCUAUUGUUGUACCUUAUCCUUGGCGAAUCACCUAUUGUCCCUUUGAAUAAUUGAGACCAGUGGAUUUUGCCUGUUUUAUUUUUUCCUUGGUCAGCAACUAGCUACUAGUUUUGUCCCCAAGAUCAAUUGCCUUGGUAACACAACCAGAGAGAGAGGGAGGGGGGAUGAAAGAGUGAGAGAGGGAGAGAGAUAGUGGGAGAGAGAGAGAGAGAGAUUUGUGCCCACAAUGGCGACUGUAGGUAUGCUAAAUACCUCUGGUUCCUUAUCCGGGAACUACCUCUUACUCUGCUAUUGGGCCAUUGGGUCACGUGGUAAAAGUAACUUUACAGGGCUGCUCGCAAGUAGGAGGGCUUUAUGGAGCAGAAAAACGACAAAGCUAGAAAAAUUAUUUUCCACUCCAGAAAUUAAUGAUCAUGAGCUCGUAUUUGAUGGAGUCUAACUACAUUGAUCCGAAAUUUCCUCCAUGCGAGGAAUAUUCGCAAAAUAACUACAUCCCUGAGCAUAGUCCAGAAUAUUACAGCCGCGCAAGGGACACUGGCUUCCAGCAUCACCAUCAGGAGUUAUAUCCUCCGCGGGCGAGCUACCAAGAGCGCCAGUAUAACUGUGCAAGCAUCCCUGAACCUGACACGCCAAGGGGACAUGGAGUACCCCAUUCUGCGCACCUGCUGACAGGGAAAGGGCAGCCUGCAUCAUGUGAAACCCCACAGUUGUCCAUGUCCCCCGCCACCCCACCGGCCGCAACCUCCGCCUGCAACCAAGCUACCCCGGAGCAUCCAAACAGCACAGCCUCCUCCAAGCAGCCCGUGGUGUACCCAUGGAUGAAGAAAAUUCACGUCAGCACUGUGAACUCGGGUUACAAUGGGACGGAGCCCAAGCGGUCUAGGACAGCAUACACCCGGCAGCAAGUCUUAGAAUUGGAGAAGGAAUUCCACUAUAACCGAUAUUUAACUCGGCGGAGGCGCAUCGAGAUCGCCCACACCCUGGUUCUCUCCGAGCGACAGAUUAAAAUCUGGUUUCAAAACCGCAGGAUGAAAUGGAAAAAGGAUCACAGGCUCCCGAACACCAAAGUGAGAUCCUCUUCCUCCUCCGGGUCCAACACAAGCUCAGCAGCCGGCGCUGUUGCCGCUGCCUCGGCCACUAACACUGGGGCCCCCGACGAACUCACCGGAGCACAGCAUGGCGAGGAUAUUACCAGGUUAUAAAACCACGAGCCACCAUCGGGGGUAGAAAAAGAACUGGUUAUUUAUAGAACAAUUAUAUAUUUUGUUUUCGUAGCUAUCUUGUGCGGUUUCCUUUAAGUCCAAAGUUAUAUAAAAUGCAUGUUAUAUAGCAUGGAUUACUGCGAAUACCGAUGAAUUAUUUUUACGUGACACACAGGGUUUAAUUUAUUUGAAGCUCAAUUAAAAAAAAUGAUGUUUUUUAUUAAAAAAAAAUGUUUUGAAUGAAGGAAAAAAAAGUAGAAAAAAUAUACAUUUUAUCAAAAUGUUAUUGUGGGCCAUUCUUUUUGCCCUGCUGCCCAAGGUGAAAUGCACAAUCUAUUUAUUUCAAACAACACUGGAAGGAAAUCAAUAUAAUAAUAGUUAUUUUUGGUAUAAAGAAAAAAAAGAAGCUGGAACACACCAUUGAUCUUGAACUUGUAUGUUUUGGAUAAUAACAAUGUGUGAAUUACCUCGUGUAUUUCAGAAACAGGAAUUUCUUUUUGAUUUACAAUUUAGUUUUGUGGUGUUGAUGUUGUGUUUAGACCGUUAAAAAGCAGAUUAUUGUGAAAUGCAAUAAACGGAGUGUAGUGUACUUGUGCUAAUCAUAUUGGUCAAUAAAACAGUGAGUGUCUACUAGUUUUAUACACGUUUGGUCGAACUUCAUUUUAGGCAAGAUGAGGUCUGCUAUUGUUUUUGGCUCUUCUGUUUUUUGACGGGGUCACCUUAUAAAGUGUACAGAUGUGUGAAUACUUGAACAUUUCACGAGGGGAACAAGAAUCACUGUGUUUUCAGACUGUGUUUGUAAGUCCUGCGUCUAUUAGCAAUGUGUACAGACUGUGUGUGUGUGUGUGUGUGUGUGUGUUAAAGCCUCAUUUAUAAUGGACUGAAGUUAUUUCUAAAAUCUGAAAAUAGUUUGCGCUGUGCAUUAUGUGCAACCUCAUCAGUCUGAAGGGCAUUCAAUUAACGCUAAAGAGAAGCCACUGAGGCCCUCCACUCCAUCUGCACUGCCUCAGCCAGUGCUCCCUCCGUCCUGACUUGAACACAAAGCUGCAUGCGUUUAAAGGACAUUUGCAAUGUGUUAGAGAUUAUACACUGUUGUGGAAAAUAUUCUUAUUCAUUUUGUAACCUACGUAGCCUAUAGUUGCUCUGCUUUUUCUAUAGUACACAUGCGCCAUGCGGCUGAGUUUUCAAAUGUAAAAAAAAUAAAUAAAAAAAAAUAAAAUAAAAUAAAGCUGUGAGUUGCAGAUAGAUUGAAUGCAAUGCGUCAUGUGGUGUUGGGGUGGUGAUGGAGUAAACUAGCUGACCUUUGUUAUCAGGCUCUGUAGCAGCGUCCUGAAUGCUGUGUGUUUACUCUUUGCUUCUAGAAACACUUUGCCAUAUUUACCUGCUGUCACUCCCAUGAGCACUUUGCCUCCAGAGUGUGCAGCAGCUCGCGAGAAUUCAAAAAAACUACAAUUUAGAAAAAAAAAGCAAAAAAAAAAAAAAGCGGCGCGUCUCAGUGCGACGUCACAGUCCACAGGAGGACCAACACACUGCAGGACUGUUUACGACUGAAGAUCUGCUGGACUCGUACAACAACUUGACUAAAUAUCUCCCAAACUUCCCCACUUAACUGAGUUUUUAUUCUGCAGAGAUGCAUCUUUAACAGAUCUGUGCAGGAGGACUUCAGCUCAAACAUGACUCAAACCCAAAGAAGCGCAAGAAUUUGAUAGAUUAUUGAAUUGUGACAUGAAUAGGCCUUAUAAAAUGCCUGGCGUAGUGGGGGGCAAAGGAGCACAAAGGGAAGAGGUAUUCUCCAUCAUCAAUCUUGCACUACAGAGCUUUGUGUUAUGUUUUGGAAAACAGCUCUGACAACAGCCAGUUUUGAUCCUACCAAAUAUUAUUAUGUACCAGCCCGCAUCCUUUACCACUCAUGCCCAGACGUGAAGGUUUAAAUGGACGUUAAAAUAAAGCACUUUAACUCUUUAACUGGACCCGAGCGGUUAACAUCUGCUUUUUUUUCUGGACGUGGCUUUUCAGUAGAAUGGUUGGUGAGACGGCGCUGAAAAAUGAAUCCAGAAGCCUUUAUGUUGCUGGACAGAUUAGAGAAAUUAAUGUGCUCGCCACAGUCGCAGCAUCCCUCCAAUCCCUUUCUAGGCCCUGUCGCCUCCAUGUCGCGAGGCUGAAAAGGUACUUUAUUGAAGUUUGGGGGGCGAAGUGGGAGGAAGGCCGAGUUCACCUCGAGGACACAUUUUCUGUCCCAUUAGGCUCAUUUCAGUCUGGAUGGCCGACCCCUCCAACCCUGUGACCUGACUCACUCUCUAUACGUGUACCUUCUGUGUGCGCCCUCGCUGGUCCCCCCUUGGCCUCGGCUUUCUUUGUGGAUUUUUCUGCGGUGUGCCUAUAGAGAGGCCUGCGGCGGGGCAUCACUGAGUGUGUUGCUCCCUUUUGUUAACCAGAGUGACCCAGGACUAGUGCUGAACUCUCGGACAAGUCCUCAUCUCUGCAUCCAACGGGACUUCCAAACAUGGCGCGUUUUCUUUUGGAGCUUCUGGAAAAAAAAACGUGCUGGCAAAGAUUUGUGGUAACUUUCAGCAGAGUUAAUGCAGUGAUAACAGGCUGUAAGACUCCCAGGGAUUAUGAGUCUGCGUGUUUUAACCUUUUACGAGCCUGUAUUACUGAGAAAAAAAAGAAAAAAUGUAUUACAUUUCUGGCAUUUUGUGCUACACAACAAGGGCGUAGGUUUAAUUUCAGUAUUGGAGUGGACACAUAUUAAAGGGGGGGUUCCUCUGCUAGAAAAUUUAGAGCAUCAAACCUGCAAUUACCCACAUUUUACAAUGAUAAUUGAAUAUAUAAAAGGAUUUUGCUGAAUAAUUGUAACUUUCAGAAUUAGAGAUAGUUAUUUAAAAGUUAAAGGCAGAUGUCACAGUUUGGCUUCUCUACUUUAUUUACUGUUUAAUUCUAUAUGCUAGGCGUGAUGACGUUUCUUGAACAGCGUAAGUUUUAUUUAACAUUGGGGAGGGACACAUGCAACAGGGGGUUUCAGGGGUUCUCCAGUGAGCAUCUUUUGAGCACCGAACACUUAAUAUAUUGCAUUCUGGUGAUUUUUUUGUGCCUUUUCUGCACCAGGGUCAAAGUAAAAGACCUCUGCUACGUUCAUGUUUUCCUAGUGCGGGGACAAAUGUCCAUUUUUGAAAUAGUUAAGGGGACGUGCCCCCUGCGUCCCCCCUGAAAGCCACACCUAUACUUUUAUUUAUUUGCUUUAUUGUAGCCAAAAAAGAAAAAAGUGAGCAUCUUUUGAGCACCUAUCUGUGCCCUUUCUGCAUCAAUUCAUGGCGUAAGUGUCUUUAGUUUUGUCAAAGUUCUCUGCUACUUUAAAGUUUUUCUUGUUGGGAGACAAAUGCAAAAUGCAAAUGACAAAUGCACACAAAUGCACAAUGCACACCCAUGUUACUCAGAAAAUGCCGAGUAUCUUUUAAGCAUCGGACACUAAAUAUCCUGCAUUCUGGUGAAUUCUUGUGCACCAAUUUGUGCGUUUUCUGCAUCAAUUCAUGGCGUAAAUGUCUUUAGUUCUGUCUAAGUCCUCUGCUACUUUAAAGUUUGUAAUGCUGGUGGACACACAUGUUGAAUAUUAAGUGGGACGUGUCCCCUGUAUCCCCCACCCCAAAUCUACACCCAUGUUACACACUCUUAUUAAACUGAUAAAAUUAUAAUUUCAUUAAUUUCAGCACCAGGCUUUAAAAGUGUCACAUUUCCCAGGGAUUAAUUACACUCUCCCCAAAGUCUCCAAAAACAGGAGGCAGUAAAAAAAAUAGUGGGUGAGGUCACGUGACUUCUGUGUGACUUGAGAGAAUAACAGGCCUCAGGUCAGUACUUCCGCUCAAAAGCGAGCUGCCAAUUAUAGCCAGGUGAUUGUGACAGUACUGGGACAGUUGGUCAUUGUGAUUAGUUUAUGGACAGGGACCUUCAAGUGCAGACAAACCUUGCAAACUUUCCACUGGCCAUCCACUCUUCCCCAAAACUUUUGUUUUUACUCCAGAGGCAUAAAGUAACUUCUGUAGCUUGUGGCUAAAUAAUUCAGUUUUUAUAAAAUGCUCCAAAAUAAUUCUAAUUAUUGUGACAAAAGCAGUUUUCUUGCUUGUUGCAAGCAGCCUUGACUUUAUCCUAAUAUUCUUAUUUGUAUGCAGUGAGCAGCUUUGGUCUCUCCUGUGUGGCCAGGACCAAAUAUCCAGCACUGAGGGAAAAAUAUUCGCCAGCAUGCCUUCCAAGAUAAACAGCUGACACUGAAACCCAAACAACUAAUCUGAGUGUCUCUCAUUUGUGUGUGAUAAUUCAGCCUGGUCCUCAUGUGUCCGAGGCUACAGGUGCAGCUCACAUUACACUCUCAACAAUGACAACGUGUCGCUUUGUGUGUUUGAGGCUCUCCUAAUUGAGGAUUUGUAUAAAGUAGAAACACGAGGCAUUCUCUUUUCCUGGACUUUUGGUUGACUUAGCGGUGCCGGUGGUUUAAUUAACACGGCCAUGUAAGGCUGUGUUGGAUUUAUUGUGAGGGUAAACACAAUGUGUGAUUUAAAAUAAUUAUUUAAACAAAAGCUUGUGUCGUCUGUCAGCCAUCAGUCAGCCUUGUCUUGUGUUUUGGUGUUAAACUUUAAGCCAAUGCGCACAUACUUCUGCUUUUCUUAAUAUUUACACAGAUAUUUGUCAUCGUAACAUUUAAGGAAAGCAAGCAAAUAAUUCCUCACAUCUAUUAACUUCAAAGUUAUAGUCUUACCUGUCAGGAGAUCACUUUAAACCCACAUAACAUCCGUGACUUACAGCUUCAUCUUUUACCAUUUUAUGAAUGAGAGCCAUUCUUAAAGUUUAAAACAAACUCUUUUUGAUUUUUAAUUCCCCUCCAGCUAUUUAGUUUACAGCGGCGCUCAGCUUGUGAUCGCUGCAAUAACUGAGAGGCUGUAGUUAUUCUUAACCUCAGCACCUCGCAGGAACAUCGUGUGUGAAGUUCAGUGUUUAAAUUCCUCAACACUUCCUCAGCCCUAACUGGUUUCUUUUUUUUCUGACUGGAGACUGUUGAAUCACACAUGAUUUUCAGCUCACAUUGCACCGCUGCAGGCUCCCAGUGAUUUAUGGGCACCUCAGGCGAGCACUCUCUCUGCCUCCUCUCUCUUGGAAGAUAUAAAAACUUUACACAAACAGCCAUCGAAAUGUUUGAACAAGAGGCAAAUACAAAAGCCAAAUUAUCAGCUGUUGUGUCGGUGCUGUGGUUUAUUACCUGCUUUUAUUGUCUGAGUAAACGUUUUUUUUCUCCUACUCGUCUCAGGUGAGUGUCUUCUUCAACCACUGUGGUGUGUGAUGAAAGCUCCGGGGUUGGUGUAUUGUGAUGGUGUAGUGUGUUUAAACGGCAGCCAUGGCAGUUGCAUAAAGGCUGCGAGUUGAAACAGGGGUCACGCUGCUAUUUUCCAGGGACAGAGAGCCUCUCUCUCUCUCGCAUUGACCAGCAGUGGGUGUGUCAUAAAUCCGUAAAUCUCUCUCCCAUCCGUUCACUCUAGGGAGCAGAUGCACCAUGUCUUUUCUUUUUUUUGUUUCCUUGCAUGUGUGUGUGUGUGAGAGUGAGGCGAAUUUGCAUAAAGCUAGAUUUUAAAACUCCAUCAGACAUGUUAAAAUGAUUUACUGUCAGUGCUGGCAAACAUUUCAAGCAGGGGGACGACAAAGCAGCUUGGAUCAACACUCUGAUGUCCCACUGUAGACUCCAGCACCACAUCACACACAGGAAAUGAUGGCCUGGGUAAACUUGCCAGUAAUACUUUAUGUCAUCAUAACGCCUCGCUGAGAAAUUUUUCAUUAGCCUAUUUGCUGCAUCGUUGAGGACCUUAGAAAUUACAGUCAUUUCCCCUCAGUUCAAGGUGUCACUGGGGGCCCAGGCAGUCACUAGAUUGAGUUAUGAUUAUGUUAUUCACUUUUCAUUAGCAAAAGUGAUCUGAAUAUGGGAUCCGGAGACUAUAGAUCCACAAUUAUGUAUAGGUUAAGUGAAAAUGGCGCUUUUUUAUUUGAUUUGUUCACUGGAAAUGAUCCUCUGGUGUAUGUGUGUAGCCACCAGUUGCAUUUCUACUGCAUAGUUUGAGCACUCCGAGGACAGCUGCUGCAGGAUUUAGGUUUUGGAGUUACAUAUUUUUGCCCAAGAUGCAGCAGAUAUAGAAAUGUUGGAGGCAAAGUGCAUGAUGUAAAUGUGAAAACAAAAGGCUCAGCUCAGGUAUACAAUUUAAAACACAGGUGAUUUUGAUUUAAAAAGAAAAAAGCCAUGAUAUAAAGUGCAAUGCAGAUGCUCUAUUAUUUGAGGUCCACAUUUUUUUGCAAGGUAUCUGGCUUUUGUGCUCGCUCUCACACCCUUUCUAUAGACUCUACUUUAUGUAUUAUGAUAUUAAUAUUUUCUGAAGAUGUUGAUUUUGUUGUGACAGCAAACAGGCAUUUAUUUUCAAUUGUUAUCAGCUGAGAAACAAACAAAAUUGUGGCUUUAAUAGUAAAUAUAAAUACAGCCUGUUCUCAGAUUUCACAAGAAAAAUAUACAAAAAUUUGUUUUUAUGCUGCAGCAUUAUUUUUUAUUUCAGGACUAUAGAUAAUCUGAAAAUACUCAUAUUCCCCUCCAGAAAAAGUUAUUUCCAAAUGCAACCCUUUCAGAUAUUCAGUGGCAGCUGCAGGAUUUAUGUUCGUGUGCACUCUCCACAGACACACCGGGAUUUACAGUGAGCUGUGCUUUAAACAGGCCCAAAUUAAUCCUCCGUGUUAAUGCACGCGCUCGUGCAAAAGUCAGGACUUGUUUGGGAAAUUGACAAUGUGUGUCUUUUCCUCACUUAUGAAGUGCAGUCUGCAAACUCUAGUCCUUUCAUUUCACUCUGCAUUGUUUACAGCAAUAUAGGGCACCGGGCCCAUAAAUCUUCCCCUUGCUCUGCCAAGACAGCGCCAUUUGUAUGCACCGUUUUAACCGACAGCAUCCUCUGCCCAUUAACGUCUUCUCCCCAGCUCUCUCUCUCAGUCUCCUCUUAUCUGCCCAGCUCUGUCCCCUGCAAAUACAUUAACUGAUCCGUGCGUUCGUUGAGCUCUGGAAAACAAUUAUGUUUUUGAGUGUAAGGAAUAUAUAAUUUAGAGGAGGAAAAAAAAGGAAAUAAUAAUAUUAAAAAAUAUACACACAAGGAUUGCAAUGUGCAGAUUCAUGCGCAUGUGCGCGGCUGCAGAUCCUAUACACCCCAUUCCCCCAAUACCGCUUUUCCCUGUAAGUUAUUGGUAUGAAAAAUAAAAGUUUAUCGACGAUUUCCUCGGUUGUUUGUGUCAGCAGGCGAGAGAGCGCAGAAGGUAAGGAGGAAUUGUAAAAGGGUUGACACCCAGAGCGACCGGCGCGCUUUUGUGUGAGAGAGAAAAAUGAUUUAUUGCCACUGAGGCGGUUCAAACAGAGUUCACGGAGAAUUGUGGUGGAGGCGCGGAGGAGCUAAAUUAUGGUCUUGCUGAGCUAGUAUAUCAUAGAUCCUAUCUCCAAUUCAGAGAGUGUGUUCAAGGGUGUGAGGUAAGGAAAACAAAACGAAUUUAAUUACUUUCCCCCAUUUCAGUCAGGGCUGAUGUGCACCGCCUAAUUCACCUGUUAAUAAAUAAUUGUAAUAAAAUCAUUAUAAUAAUAAUUACACCUACGAUUGUUGUUAUUAUUGGUGGAUUUUGGUGUAAAAUGAGAUACAAGCAGGUGUCAUUAUAUUUGAAUUUCUAUUUAUUUAGCUCUGAUGGCCUACAAUAAGCCAAUGCUGACAUUUACUGAAGAGACAUUUAGCACCUAACUGCCAUUUUAAUGGACAGGCUGGAAAGAUUGUGGCUGUUUUCAGUGCCAAAUUAAAAUCAGGUCUCCAAGCUAAACGUGCAGCAUUUUUAUUCAGUUUAAAAUUUAAUUAUUAUCAAUAACAGCACUAUUUAACAGCCUUUUUAAAUGUUGAUCAUGUUACCAAUAAGCCAACUGCAUUGUGUCUGAUCGGAAAGAGAAAUUCAAAACUAAAAUAUUUCAUUUACUGAUAAACAGAUAAAUAAAUAAUUCAAGGACGUGACUUGGAGGUUCAGGUAAAGCCUCGGUGAUGGUGGCAGCAGGGGUGAAACGGAAAAAGGGGGAAGGCUCCUCUUCUUCCAAGCUAUGCAACCCUGAGUGCAUAAUCCAUCACGGCUGAGAGACACCUAAAGAGGGUUUUCUCGACAGCUUUGUUGUAGUGAAACACCAGAAGGAACUUAUAUCUAAAGCCUGCUUCAACUAAGAUUGAUACACACAAACACAAUAUGCUAACAUUAUAGCCUCUCCUUUUGGGAGGCUGCUUUUUGGGCGCACUAUUUUAUUUUAUUUUUCAAAGUAAUGGCUUCAUUAUUCUAGUUAUUUAUUCACUUGAAACUGAAAUUAAGCAAUCAUGUUUUAUGAGAUGUUUUUUUUCUCAAAGUGUAACUCAGUUAGGCCACACUUGAUGUAGCAUUUAGCACAAAUAAUUCCCCCCCUAAAAAUAUUUAUUAUGGUGCUUUUAAAUGAAGUUGCAAAAUUCAUAUUUUUGUUUAAGUGCUUUGCACCUUCAUGAGAAUAUUCCCAAGUUGCUGUGUGCUCUGUAGCUGCAAACAGGCGCACAUUAGGGCUCUGCUGAGCAUCUCCCUCCUGCUCUUUUGUCCACGCAGCCGUGCAGAGAGCGGGAUGUUUACCAUCCAAAACGUCCACAGUGUUUGACUGUUGCCUCACAGAGCCACAGACAGACACUUGAUACUGUACAGUGAUGCCUGAUUAAUGCAAAUGCGCUGGCAAAAAAAAAAAAUCUCUAAUGAUUGCCUCCUUUGUCUUUGUGUGGCAAUGACUGUCAAGCCUUUGUUUGACCACUCCCCGUGAAUCCUAUUAAGCCAAAGCUGCACUUCCACUCCGACAGUUAUAAGCAUAUGCUGUUAUUUUAAAGGAAAAGCCCGCCGAUUUAUACUGGGCAGUUAAAUGAGAUGCAAACUGAAUUAUCCAAAAUAAUCAGGAUGAUUUUUUUUGCAAGCAGAAAGCAGUGUUAUUGCAGAGAGUCCUUAUAUAGAGCAGAUAAUAGCAUGGAAAUACGGGAAUACAUAUUAUUUAUCAUUAUGUUUAAUUGGGGGAAAAUACGCACGGAACACAAAUUAUUUUUAGGUAUUUUACAUUGUAAAAAACGCCUCAGCGGAAUAAUGAGUUGAGGUCGAUAAUGCGUUAUUAUCCAGCAUAUUAUUCCAGCUCAUAGACGCAUCCCACUGUAGCAGGAAGUCGUCGCGUUGCAUCUGAUCAAACCUACCACAGAAAAGUUGUGCAGCUGCAAGCGGCGGAUCCUUCUAACAAAACGCCUCCCGUCAAAAGAUUUACAAUAUUACAAGAAAUCAGCACCCAGUAAUGAGACGCUCCUCACCACACAUUGUAAUCUCUCUGUCUGCCCCCCCCCCCCCCUCUUCCUCCGUAUACACAUCUCCCUCUUUCUCCCACCCACACACUCAUUGCACAGUUGUUGGCGUCUAUUCAUAUUCCGUUAUAUUUUUUUUAU